GGCAGUUUUUGUAAUUAAAUGAGAAACUACGGUGCCCCGAUACGAGAAACGCGAAUGCAGUAGUUUGAAGUGAACAGAUCAUUUUGUGGUCAGUUUUUGGUCGCGCGAAGAUAUUUGAUUGGAUUUUUUUGGAAAUAUUGGGGCGCUUUAGCGAUGGUGUUGGCGGAGAAGAACAACGAAAAUGCGCGGAACGGCCGUAGAAGUCGGGGUCCGAGUCCAAACGGGAACGUCCAAGCGGAUUCUACAAGCGACGAGGAAACUUCAGAUAAAAUACGCGUGGGGAGAGACUACCAAGCGGUGUGCCCCGAUUUACAACCAGAAGCUUUACGGAAACCAGAAACCCUCGCAGAUAGAGCAUUAUUGGUGUGGUCCCCAACUACGGAUAUCCCAGAAACUAAAUUGGAAGAUUACAUCGUUUUAGCUAAAGACAAAUAUGGAUACAAUGGAGAACAAGCACUUGGAAUGCUUUUUUGGCAUAAACACGAUCUCGACAGGGCAGUACUUGAUUUGGCCAAUUUUACACCAUUUCCUGAUGAGUGGUCUGUUGAAGAUAAAGUUUUAUUUGAACAAGCAUUUCAAUUUCAUGGGAAGAGUUUUCAUAGAAUAAGACAAAUGUUACCAGAUAAAAGUAUUGCAAGUUUGGUAAAAUACUACUACAGUUGGAAAAAGACGAGAUCUCGUACGAGUUUAAUGGAUAAACAAGCGCGCAAAUUACAACAACCCAGAGAAGAUGGAGCUCCUGGUUCUGAAGCGGGUUCGGAAGGUGGAUCAAACGAAGAAUCAGAUCACGACGAAAAGAAGUGGACUAUACACCGGGGUAUUAGGCGAAAGAGCGGCUCGCCUUCACGCGGCAACCAGACGGCAGACGAAUCCGCCCAGGUAGGAGAGGGUGGCACGUGUUCUAACUGCGGAGUCAUCUGUACGGUCACUCAGGUGACACCGAAGGGGCCCCUUUGUAAUUCCUGUUAUCUGCAUUGGAGACGGACGGGACUGUUGAGGCCCACGUCGGGUCCAACGGGAGGCAAACGCGGGGCCCCGCUGGUCGGGCGCCAUAAGCGUAAGCCGCCCCGGGGCAUGUACAUCAAUCACGACGACCUGGCUGCGAUGGCUACCGGAGGCGCGGGUGUCCUAAUGCUUAAGGCGAUGGACCGGGAACGCGACGCCCUUCAACGACAAAUCCAGCAAAAUAAACAAGCAAUCAGCUCCUUGAAAAGAAAACAUUCCGAUUCCAUCGAAGAUCUUCGUCCUGGGAAUGAAAAUACGUCCCGUGUUAAUGCAAGAUGGACUAAUGAAGAAUUAUUAUUAGCUGUUCAAGGAGUCCGAAAGUAUGGUAAAGAUUUUAAAAGUAUCGCGGAAGUUUUAGGAAAUAAAACGGAACAUCAUGUUCGUUCGUUUUUCGUCAAUUAUCGUAAACGUUAUAAUUUAGAUAGCGUUUUAAAAGAUUAUGAGAAAGAACAUGGCCCCAUAGUGGACGAAACUGUAGCGUCAGAAGAAAAACCGGAAGUGGAAGAAACAAAUAACGAGAAUAACGCAAAUAACGACGUAAUUUGUUUGUCGCCCAGUUCUCAAAACGUCAAAAAAGAAUUUAAAAACAACAAAAUAAUGGCGUCCGCGAAUAAAUGAUGAGCCCUUUGUUAAAAAAGUCAUUUUUUCCUCUUUUUCUUCAUUCAUGACUUAUUUAGGUAAGUUAGCGUUAUAUUAUUUUUCUUUACUACAUAAAUCAAGCCAAUUCGUUAUUUAUUGCGUAUCGUCAUUAUUUGUUAAAAAGAAUUAGAUUAAUUUUGAUGAAACUUCUUAUUUUGAAGACUUUUAAAUAAUUUAGUUUUUAGCAUUAUUUUUUAUUGUUUAGUGAAAGUAAAAGAAAACGUUGUUUAUAGUGUAAAUAUUAUUAAUUAAUUAAUUAUGAAAGAAUUGUAAAAAGACAAUUCUUACGUGUAAAAAAAGUUAAAAAAACGGAAACUAAUUAAUUGCACAUAACCACAUAACAAUAAAUAUUUUAACCAGAAGGAGUUAUGUUUUAUACAAAAAUAAAAAGUAGAGUAGAACAAAAAAAUGGAAUAUUUGUAUUAAAAAAAGAUGAUGAAAAGACGAUAAAGAAUGAAGCCCUCGCAAUUUAUUUUCAUUUGAAAAGAAAACGAUGUUGAGUUCUUGUAAAUAUUUAUAAGAUUAAUCGCGUAAAAAUUAAAAAUCAGAAAUCUACUUGGAAUUAAGAAAAUUGUUAAUAAAAAGAAUAACGUAUCCUCAGGUUUAUCGAACUACUAAAAUAAAAGAAAAAUAAUGAUGCCCCAUAAAUAACCCUUUUAGAGAAAUUUUUAUUCGUUUUUUUUUUUUUAAACACGUUUUCGUUUCACCGUAGUUUUUAAGAAAAACCAUAUCGAGAAGAAUAACUUUUAUACUUUUUUGCGCUUGGAAUUUUUCGGAAAGCAAUAAUUUUUACGUUAUUGAACAUUGCUCACGUUUUUACGUUUCUUUGAGUUUUGCACCAUUUUUUAUUAGGAUACUGCAUAGUUUUUAAGUAGAUAUAUUUCUGUGUGUAUUUAAAAAUAAAAACGUAAAUAUACUUUAUUCCAAUAGCA